AUGGAAGGACAAAACGAAGAUGUGAGGUUGGGUGCAAAUAAGUACAGGGAGAGGCAGCCUAUAGGAACAGCUGCUCAAAGCCAAGAUGUCAAGGACUACAAUGAUCCACCUUCAGCACCGAUUUUUGAGCCUGGCGAGUUAUCCUCAUGGUCCUUUUACAGGGCUGGCAUAGCAGAAUUCGUGGCCACUUUCUUGUUUCUUUACAUCACAGUUUUAACUGUGAUGGGAGUUGUCAAAUCUUCAAGCAAGUGUUCAACUGUAGGUAUUCAGGGCAUUGCUUGGGCUUUUGGUGGCAUGAUCUUUGCUCUUGUCUACUGCACUGCUGGCAUUUCAGGGGGUCACAUUAACCCAGCAGUGACUUUCGGGCUGUUUUUAGCCAGGAAGUUGUCGCUGACCAGGGCGGUGUUUUACAUGAUAAUGCAAUGUCUUGGGGCGAUAUGUGGCGCUGCUGUUGUAAAAAGCUUCCAAAAGACCCCGUACGAAAGGCUAGGCGGUGGUGCAAACACGGUUAGCUCAGGAUAUAGCAAGACUAGUGGCCUUGGAGCUGAGAUUGUUGGUACGUUUGUUCUUGUCUAUACUGUCUUCUCUGCCACCGAUGCAAAGCGCAAUGCCCGAGACUCCCAUGUUCCUAUCUUGGCACCGCUGCCUAUUGGGUUCGCAGUGUUCCUGGUACACUUGGCAACAAUUCCCAUUACAGGAACAGGCAUUAAUCCAGCUAGGAGCCUUGGCGCAGCUCUUAUUUACAACAAGGAACAAGCAUGGGCCGACCAUUGGAUAUUCUGGGUAGGACCUUUCAUUGGAGCAGCCUUGGCAGCUUUGUACCACCAAAUAGUGAUCAGGGCCGUCCUCUUCAAGUCCAAAUAAGCGAUUGAUCAUGAAAAACAGUGCUUGAUAAAGUGAACUAUUCAGUCUUAUGAUGAUGUGUUCCUCUCCAUUUUCCUUUUCUCCUCCUCUGAUCUUUCUGAUCUUUCCCUGGAUGUAUAUGGUCAAUUAAGGGUCAAGGCUGGCGCCUAUCAGUAGUGAUAAUUCCAUGCCAGUGAACUUUAUCUAUCACUGGUUUUCUCUUUCUGAAUGUAUUGAUCGGUGUCUUUCACCCACUAAAACGUUAUUUUAAGUAUGGAAAAUUUACCACUUUCUAUUCUAAAUAAAUUUUUGUUUGGAACAA